CGUCUCGGGGCGCGCCCUGGAGGCUCCGGCGGGCUGCGGCUGUAGGUUGGCUGAGCCUGGCGGUAAGGCCGCCUCCUCGGGGCUCUCUGACACCCCCGCUGGCCCAGGGCUGUUGGUCUUCUCGUCUGACCCUCCCUGUCCCCGUGUCCUACCUCCUCCCCGUCCGAGGCCCGGGCGCCCCCGGUGUCCCCUCCGAGCCGGCUGCACUCUGCCUCCUUCUAGCCGGGCUCCGGCCCUGGGGGGAUAACUCCGGCCAGGCCCACCCGCCUGGAGCCUGUGACAUAGAUUAGCCUCGGGAGGCCCUCUGUUCUCCAGAGUGGGGGCCUCAGGAAUAGAGAUAGGGAUAGACCCAAGGCUACCUACCGGCUUGGCCUAUUUCUUCCUAAUUUGCUGUUUCGCACGAUGUCUUAUAACCCGUUCACAGUGGCUGGGGAUCAACAUCCCCCCUUCCAAACUGUUUUCCACGAUGUGUUCUCCCGCUAACUCCUACUGAGUCCUAUUCUCGUUUUGGGUGCCACCUGGUGUGCCAGGUACACACCGCUGCCCAAGAGGAGCUGCUUUUUGAAUUCUUCGUGAAUGUUAGGAGGAGGAAUGCCAGAGCUGCCGGCUGAAUAUUAUCCAACCAGGAGAAAUAUCCCCCAGGAUGGACUUUCUGGUUCUCUUCUUGUGCUACCUGGCUUUGGUGCUGAUUGGUGUUGUUAUGAUCUGCAUCUGCUCAAAAACCCAUCACUUGAAAGGCCUGGUCAGGAGAGGAGAACAGGUAAUUUCCUGUAUAGUCCCAGAAUGCCUUCAGAGAGCCAUGCAAAGAUUGCUUCAUUACCUCUUCCAUUCGCGAAACCACACUUUCAUUAUCCUGCACGUGGUCUUGCAAGGGAUGGUUUACGCUGAAUAUACCUGGGAAAUAUUUGACUACUGUCAAGAGCUGGAGUUCUCCUUGGAUUACCUUCUUCUGCCCUACCUGCUGUUGAUUGUGAACCUGGUUUUUUUCACCCUAACUUGUGCAACCAAUCCUGGCAUCAUAACAAAAGCAAAUGAAUUAUUUUUUCUUCAAGUUUAUGAAUAUGAUGAAGUGAUGUUUCCAAAGAACGUGAGGUGCUCUUCUUGUGAUUUAAGAAAACCAGCUCGAUCCAAGCACUGUAGUGUGUGUAACUGGUGUGUGCAUCGUUUUGACCAUCACUGUGUUUGGGUAAACAACUGCAUUGGGGCCUGGAACACCAGGUACUUCCUCAUCUACCUCUUGACGUUGACGGCCUCGGCUGCCUCCAUGGCCAUUGUGAGCACUGCGUUUCUGGUCCACUUGGUGGUGGUGUCGGAGCUGUACCAGGAGACUUACAUUGAUGAUCUCGGUCGCUUCCAGGUUAUGGACACAGUCUUUCUUAUUCAGUACCUGUUCCUGACCUUCCCAAGGAUUGUCUUCCUGCUGGGGUUUGUCAUGAUCCUGAGCUUCCUCCUGGGGGGCUACCUGUGCUUUGUUCUGUACCUGGCUGCCACCAACCAGACUACUAAUGAAUGGUACAGAGGUGACUGGGCCUGGUGCCAGCGUUGCCCCCUUGUGGCCCGGUCCCCAUCAGCGGAGCCCCAAGUCUACCAGAACAUUCACUCCCAUGGGCUUUGGAGCAACCUUCGAGAGAUAUUUCUACCUGCCAAUCCACAUUAUGAGAAAAAAAAGAAAUAUGAAUGAAAAGUGUUACUGUCUUUUAAAUAUAGUAUACAUUUAUUUAUACACAUGGA